CGGCGACCGCACACACUCGUCCGCCGUUCUCCGUCGCUCCGCCUCGUCGUACGUCAGCAUGGCCGCCCAAGUGGACCACUCGAACCCCAUCACGCUCUCGCGCUUCAUCCUGGCCGAGAAGGAGAUCCAGGGCAACAGCGACCUGAGCGUGCUCUUCACGUCCAUCGAGCUGGCCUGCAAGGUCAUCGCCAGCUCGGUGCGUCGCGCGGGCCUCACGGGGCUGUACGGCCUGGACGGCUCGGAGAACUCGACGGGCGACCAGGUCAAGAAGCUGGACGUGCUGGCCAACGACAUCUUCGUCAACUCGCUCAAGUUCUCGACCAAGAUCGAGGUUAUGGUCUCGGAGGAGGAGGAGAAGCCCAUCAUCGUGGACCACGAGACGGGCGGCACCAAGUACUGCAUCGCCUUCGACCCGCUCGACGGCUCGUCCAACAUCGACUGCAACGUGUCCACGGGCACCAUCUUCGCCAUCUACCAGCGCGACGCCGCGUCCGAGGGCGGAUACAAGGACAUUCUGCAGCCUGGCAGCAAGCUCGUGUCGGCCGGCUACUGCAUGUACGGUAGCUCGACGCAGCUCGUGCUGACGUGGGGCAAGGGCGUGCACUGCUUCACGCUGGACCCGACGAUCGGCGCCUUCAUCCUGUCGCAGAAGGACAUCCGCAUCCCGGAGGAGCCCAAGACCAUCUACUCGUGCAACGAGGGCAACUACGCGCACUGGGACCGCGCCACCAAGGCCUUCGUGGACGAGUGCAAGACCAAGCCCAAGCCGUACGCGGCGCGUUACGUCGGCAGUAUGGUGUCCGACAUCCACCGUACCAUCCUGUACGGAGGCAUCUACCUGUACCCGGGCAGCAGCAAGAGCAAGGACGGCAAGCUGCGUCUGCUCUAUGAGUGCAACCCCAUGUCCUUCAUCAUGGAGCAGGCCGGCGGCAUGUCCACGACCGGCACGGAGCGGAUCCUGGACCUCGUCCCCACCGACAUCCACCAGCGCUCGCCCAUCUUCCUGGGCUGCAAGCGCGACGUGCAGCGCGUGAUCGACCUGUACAAGGAGUACAACCUGGCAUAGGCGACGUCAGUAGCAGCACCGUCGGUCCAAGAACCCCAUGGAUCGACACCCAACCCACUUGCACGCACAAGCUCCAUAAAGUAACUAAGCAAAUCCAUGUUGAACCGAU